CGAUGCUUAUUCUAUGCCCUGAAAGUCCUGGAGAUGCAAUUGAUGUUUAUCUCCAAUCUUUGAUAGAAGAAUUAAAGAAAUUGUGGGAAACUGGUGUGAAGACCUUGAUGCAUCAUCUAGACAAAUUUUAUGUUACAUGCAUCUUUGUUAUGGACCAUUAAUGACUUUCUUGCAUAUUCAAAUUUGUCAGGAUGGAGAACCAAAGGAAAAUUGGCUUGCCCAUGUUGUAAUAAAAAAACUCUUUCAAUUUGGUUGAAAAAUGGGAAUAAACAGUGUUAUAUGCGCCAUAGACGCUUUCUUCCUCGUAUUAACAAAUGGAGGAAUGAUAAAGAUUCUUUUGAUGGCACUAAAGAGCAUAAAUUACCACCAAAAAUGCUAUCUGGUAAUGAUAUACUUGAUCAAGUGGCUGAUUUAGAUGGUAACAUACUAUCAAAGGAUCCAAAGAAAGAGACUAAAAUAUCACAUGAUAAUAGGGGUGAUAAUUGGGAUAAGAAGAGCAUUUUCUUUCAUCUUCCAUAUUGGAAAACUCUAUUGUUGCGACAUAACUUAGAUGUGAUGCACAUUGAGAAAAAUAUAUGUGAUAACAUUUUGGGAACAAUCUUAAAUGUCAAAGGAAAAACCAAAGAUACCAUAAAUUCUCGAUUGGAUUUGGAAGUAAUAGACAUAAAGAAAGAAUUGCAUCCGAUAAAAAAGGGGGAUAAAUAUGAGUUACCAACUGCAUGUUAACAUUAUCACCUGAAGAGAAGCAUAAAUUUUUCAAUUUCUUGAAGAAUUUGAAGGUCCCAGAUGGAUUUUCAUCCAAUAUAUCUCAGUGUGUCAAUCUUAAAGAUCGCAAACUUUCAGGAUUGAAAAGUCAUGAUUACCACGUUAUUCUGCAACAUCUACUCCCACUUGCAAUACGUGGUAUGCUUUGCAAAUCUGUACUUGAACCACUUAUUGAGUUGUCUAUAUCUUUCAACAUGCUCAGAGCAAAAUGUUUGAGAGUAGAUGAGCUAGAGAAAAUAGAAGGCCAAAUUCCUAUAACUCUAUGCAAGUUAGAAAAGGUCUUCAUUCCUGCAUUUUUUGAUAUCAUGGUUCACCUGCCAAUUCAUUUAGCUAAUGAAGCUAAGAUUGCUGGACCUAUUCAAUAUCGAUGGAUGUAUCCAGUGGAGCGAUGGUAUACUUCUUAAAGUCUUUUAUUUGUAAUAGGACUCACCUAGAAGGCUCUAUUGCAGAGGGAUAUAUAGCAACUAAAUGUAUGACUUUAUGUUCAAGGUAUUUGCAUACGGUGGAAACAAGAUUUAAUCGCACUGAGCGGAAUUAUGAUGGCAGUUCUAUUGUAUCUGAUGGAGGUUUAACAAUUUUUUCUCAACCUGGAAAAACUUUAAAUAGUGCCACACCAGGAAGUCUUGAAUCAGACGAAUUUGAGCAGGCACACUUUUAUAUUCUAAAGAAUUGUGAUGAAAUUCAACCAUUUCUUGAAGAAUUUUCACAAGUUCCAUUUGAUACCUCUAAGAAUGAUUCAGAGAUCGAAUGGAAUAGACAAUUCAUUAGUUGGUUACAAAUUAAGGUUGCAGAAUUGCGCAAACAUGAUGAUAGUAAGCAAAUAGAAGAUUUGUUCUCACUGUCACGUGGUCCUCUGCCAUAUGUGACAAGUUUCAAAAGCUAUGUUACUAAGGGAUAUAGAUUUCACGUGCAAGACCGUGAUAAAGGCUAGCUUUUGAGCCAUACAUCGUCUAUAACAAGUUCAUUGUAAGGACAGAUAAUACGCAGGUAAAAUGGUGGAUCACACGGAAGAUACAGGACUCAGUAACAACAAAAGAAAUACGAAGACUAGUAUUAAACAUACAGAAUUUUACAUUUACAAUAGAAGUCAUAUGUACUAACAAAAAUGUCAUUGCAAAUUACAUUUCAAGACAAAGCUACACAGACGGAUCUAGAUAAAGAAAAUGCUAUUGAAAAGAUACUCAAUACU